AAUUUUUAUUUCCUACAGAACAGAUCAGUAUCAAAUAAGCUAACUCCAUCCCUAACACUAGUUCUUGCUGUGGGCAUUCAACCAGUCUUUACUAUUUAUUUGACAAACUUUAUAAGGUGCUACCAGGCAGAUGAGUUUUCACCGUCUACCAUAAUGUGGAGCAGAUAUUUUGCCUUCUGUCUCUUGCUUUUGCCAAUUUUUAUGAGUCAAACAGUAUACGGACAAAGAAAGAAAGGAGCAAAGUCAAAUUUACUUGCAAGGAAAAAUGACCUCCAGGACUCUGUUUGCUUCAUAGAUGUGCUCUUCAUUGUGGACAGCUCUGAAAGUUCUAAACUUGUCCUCUUUGAUAAACAGAAAAAUUUUGUGGAUAGCUUGAGUGACAAUAUCUUCCAAUUGACCCCGGGUCACUCUUUGAAAUAUGACAUCAAACUGGCAGCCCUCCAGUUCAGCAGCUCAGUCCAGAUCGAUCCACCUUUCUCUUCUUGGAAGGACCUUCAGACGUUUAAGCAGAGGGUUAAGUCUAUGAAUUUCAUUGGACAAGGCACCUUCUCUUAUUAUGCCAUUUCCAAUGCCACUCGGCUACUUAAGAGAGAAGGACGUAAAGAUGGUGUGAAAGUGGUUUUGCUAAUGACUGAUGGCAUGGACCAUCCAAAGAAUCCAGAUGUUCAAAGUAUUUCUGAAAGUGCUAGAAAUGCAGGAAUAUCAUUUAUCACCAUUGGACUUCUCACUGUCAAUAAAACCAAACUUCAUUUGAUAUCUGGGGAUGCACCUAGUGAACCUAUUCUACUGUUGAGUGAUCCAACCAUUGUAGAUAAAAUUCGGGAUCGCCUGGAUAUUUUAUUUGAAAAGAAGUGUGAACGCAAGAUCUGUGAAUGUGAGAAGGGGGAUCCAGGCGAACCAGGGCCUCCUGGUAGACAUGGAAACCCAGGUAUUAAAGGUGAGCGAGGACCAAAAGGAAAUCCGGGUGAUGCUCAAAAAGGAGAAACUGGAGAAAGAGGUCCUGGGGGAAUUCCUGGGUACAAGGGUGACAAGGGUGAACCUGGAGAAUGUGGUAAACCAGGAAUAAAGGGUGACAAAGGAUCUCCAGGGCCACCUGGACCAAAAGGACCAAAAGGACUUCAGGGCAUUGGUGGACCUCCAGGAGAUCCAGGCCCAAAGGGAUUUCAGGGCAAUAAGGGUGAGCCAGGUCCUCCUGGCCCGUAUGGUCCUCCAGGAGCCCCUGGUAUUGGACAACAGGGGAUUAAGGGAGAAAGAGGUCAAGAAGGAAGAACAGGAGCUCCGGGACCCAUUGGAGUUGGUCAGCCAGGACAGCCGGGUCCCCGUGGUCCUGAGGGAGCACCAGGAGAGAGGGGCUUACCUGGAGAAGGAUUUCCAGGACCUAAGGGUGAAAAGGGUUCUGAAGGACCAAUUGGCCCACAAGGGUUACAAGGCCUGUCAAUCAAAGGGGACAAGGGAGAUUUGGGACCUGUGGGACCUCAAGGACCAAUGGGCAUCCCGGGCACUGGGAGUCAAGGAGAACAGGGAAUCCAAGGUCCUACUGGUCCCCCUGGUCCACAAGGACCCCCAGGACAAGGCUUACCUGGUUCUAAGGGAGAAGUAGGCCCCAUAGGACCUACAGGCCCUAGAGGACCAGUAGGGAUUGGAGCACAAGGUCCAAAGGGGGAGCCAGGUUCAAAAGGUUCCCCGGGUCAACCAGGAGAACCAGGAGAAGAUGGAGCUGCAGGGAAGAAGGGAGAAGCCGGGCUUCCAGGAACAAGAGGCCCAGAAGGACCGCCUGGAAAAGGACAACCUGGUCCCAAGGGUGAUGAAGGAAAGAAAGGAAGCAAAGGAAAUCAAGGACAUAUGGGAUUUCCAGGACCCGCGGGACCAAAGGGUGAACAGGGCAUUAUGGGCCCUUUUGGAAUGCCUGGACCAUCAAUUCCUGGACCACCUGGGCCAAAGGGAGAUAGAGGAGGUCCUGGGAUGCCUGGAUUUAAAGGAGAACCUGGACUUUUUAUUCGAGGACCAAAGGGUGCCCAAGGCCCUCAGGGACCCAAGGGUGCUCCAGGACUCAAAGGCGACGGCUAUCCUGGUGUGGCUGGACCUAGAGGAUUACCAGGACCCCCUGGACCAAUGGGUUUACGUGGAGUGGGAGACACUGGAGCAAAGGGAGAGCCUGGAGUUAGAGGCCCUCCAGGUCCUGUCGGGCCUCGGGGAAUAGGAACCCAAGGGCCAAAGGGUGAUAUUGGGCAAAAAGGUUUGCCUGGCCCCCCUGGUCCCCCUGGCUAUGGAUCACAAGGAAUUAAAGGAGAACAAGGACCUCAAGGUUUUCCAGGGCCAAAGGGCACCAGGGGCCAAGGCCUCCCAGGUCAGAAGGGUGAGCAUGGAGAACAGGGUGAUGUGGGAAAGAAAGGUGAAAAGGGGGAACUUGGAGACCCAGGAUCUCCUGGAAAACAGGGAUUACAAGGACCAAAAGGAGAUGCAGGACUUACAAGAGAAGAAAUUAUUGAGCUCAUUAUUAAAAUAUGUGGUUGUGGUCGCAAAUGCAAAGACACUCCCCUGGAGUUGGUGUUUGUGAUUGACAGUUCAGAAAGUGUGGGGCUAAACAACUUCCGGAUCAUCCAAAAUUUUGUGAAGUCUCUGGCUGACCGCGUUGCUGUGGAUCUCGCCACAGCCCGCAUAGGCAUAAUCAACUAUAGUCAUAAGGUGGAAAUAGUGGCUGAUUUGAGGCAGUUCUCCAGCAAGGAUGAUUUCAAGUUGGCUGUAGACAACAUGCAGUAUCUGGGGGAAGGUACCUAUACGGCCACUGCCCUGCAGGCUGCCAAUGACAUGUUCAAGAGUGCCAGGCCAGGCAUCAAGAAGGUGGCCUUGGUCAUCACGGAUGGACAGACAGACUCCCGAGAUAAAAAGAAUCUGACAGAAGUGGUGAAAGAAGCCAAAGACACUGGUGUGGAGAUAUUUGUGAUUGGGGUGGUGAAGAAAAGUGACCCCAAUUUUGACAUGUUCCUUAAAGAAAUGAAUCUAAUUGCUACUGAUCCACAGCAUGUAUAUCACUUUGAUGACUUCUUGACCCUGCUAGACACCCUGAAGCAGAAGUUGUCUACAAAAAUUUGUGAGGAUUUUCCUUCCUAUUUAGCUAAAGUUUUUGGCUCCUCAUCAUCUCAACCUGAAUUUGGGGUGCUGGGGGAAGAACUUGGCGUAUCUACUCCAGAGCCCCCAGAAGAAAUUUCUGAGUCAUUCAGUGUCCUUGGACCCGAGCAUGAGGAGAAUGAGCCUCCAGAGCCAACGUGGGCUCAUAGUUUGGUUGUUACUUCCUCAUCUGAGGCUGUUGCCACUCUUGGGCCAUUGCUCAGCACCCUUGAGAAUCCUAGAUGUUUGGAAGACUUGAAGCCUGGAAACUGUGUUGAUUAUGUAGUUCGAUGGUAUUAUGACAAACAGGUCAACUCGUGUGCCCGCUUUUGGUAUAGUGGCUGCAGUGGCUCAGGAAACAGAUUCAACAGUGAAAAGGAAUGCCAGGAAAUCUGCAUUCAAGGAUGA